AGCUAGAUCGAGCUAGCCAGCUAGAAAGGGUUCUUCCCUCCUCAUAAUUUCAUCUCCAUUUUCUUUCUUUUUGUACUAGCUAGCUAGUUUUUUCCAUUGUUUUGUUAGUGAGCUUGUUCUACUCAAUGGAGUCAACUGUUGGGCAAAAGUCGACUUAUCAAGCCGCGAGGACUCAAACGCGCAUACACCGUCUGAUCGAAGAUCAAGGGGCUGUGCUGAUACCCGGCUGCUAUGACGCGCUCUCAGCCGCUAUUGUGCAAAAAACCGGCUUCACCGUCGGCUUCAUAUCUGGCUCUGCCCUCUCGGCUUCGCUCCUUGGCAAACCCGAUAUCGGCUUGUUGACGCAACCUGAGAUGGCAGAAACUGCUCGGUCGGUCUGUGCAGCCGCUCCACUCGUACCCUUUAUCGCCGAUGCAGAUACUGGGGGUGGCAAUGCUCUGAAUGUUCAAAGAACCAUCAAGGAUCUGAUAGCUGCAGGUGCUGCUGGUUGCUUUCUGGAGGAUCAGGCAUGGCCAAAGAAGUGUGGGCAUAUGAUGGGCAAAAAGGUGAUACCGGCAGAGGAGCAUGCUGCAAAAAUAGCAUCAGCAAGAGAUGCGAUCGGCGACUCAGACUUCUUUCUGGUGGCUAGGACGGAUGCACGUUCAACUUCAGUAGAACAUGGUCUCUCUGAAGCCAUUUCGAGGGCCAAUCUCUACUUGGAGGCCGGAGCCGAUGCCAUUUUUGUGGCCGGGCCAAGAAGCGACGACGAUCUGAAGGAAAUCGGAAGCAAGAUCAACGGUUUAAAAGCUUGCACAAUGCUAGAAGGCGGGGUCACGCCUUUGCACACACCAGAGGAGCUUAAAGCAAUGGGUUUCCAUCUGAUUGUGUACCCCUUCACUUCCAUCUAUGCUUCUGCUCGCGCAAUGCUCGAUGCUCUCAAGGCUCUGAAGGAGAAUGGGACCACCAGAGAUCACCUGGAAAUGGUGACCUCUUUUCAGGAGUUCAAUCAGUUGCUGGGUUUGGAGUCCUGUUUGGAGCUUGAAAACAAGUAUUCCAAGCUUUAAAAAAUGAGUAAGAGUUUGGGAUUGUGAGAGUGUGUGGGAGAAAGAUUGACGAUUGAUUGUAGGGAUUGGUUUUUUACAUAGGAAAUUUUCAUACAGUUGGAUCAUGCUAUGGCUUUUCAUUCCUAUAUGUUGGUUAUAUGGAUGGAACGUUGUUUUAA